CAUAAUGGUUCUGGAAUCCUACAUCACAAAGGUCUACAGGAGAGAACAUUUCAGGUCUGAUUGUCAUUCCAGUAUCUUCACGCGUUGAGUACAGACACAGAGAGAGACAUCCCGUUUUGAACUGUUUUACUCAACAAGUAAUUCAAAGAUGUUUGGAAAAAGCCACUUGCGGAGGCCAAGUCACCGCACGUGUGAUGUAGGUGACGAGGAUCCUCACGUUAAAGAGAUCAGUACAGCAAUGGCCAGACUUUCCCUAAGUGGACAGACUGAGCUAGAGUCCAGGUCCUCCAACAGCCGCAUAUCUAAUAAUGAGGCCCAGGACAAAACCAGUACCCCAAAAAGGAGAUGGGAGGAUCUGGAAUCGGGCGGUAUCAGACGGCCAGACAGCCUCGGCCCAGAGACCAAGAGAAAAAGAGAGGACACAACGGCGAUAAACAAGUCUUCCUGGGUGAGUAUUGGUUGCACCAUAGCUUUUCAAAGGAAAUAUGUGAGUGCUUUUCAGUACAGGGCCCUUGAAGAAGAAGUCAAGCAGACUUUGCCACGUGAUGCACAGAAGAAGAUGGCUACACCCAAAAUGAGUCCCAGUCCCACCCGAUAUUUAAAGGACAAAGACAAACUGUCCUAUAAAAGGAAAAGGGAAGAUUUGGAUUCAGCCGGUAUCAGAAGGCCAGACAACCUCGGUCCGCAAAAAAAGAGGAGAAGAGUGGUCCGGAGACGUGUCCAGGCAGACGCUGACAUUGUCAUGGUUGCCAUGCCAAAAAAGAGAAAUAGAAGAAGAAACAGGAGAAGACAUGUGAGGCCUGUACAGAGCGCAAAGGAAUGGCGACACCCAGAAUGCUCGGGUCGAAAUGGACCUGGAGAAAAGACCUGGAGAGGAGGGCGCAAGAAGGCAAAGCAUGACGUGAGGUCAUGCUUUGAUGAAAGCCGUCCCAGGCCUUUUCGCCAAAAUAAGCAAUAUGGACCACCAGGCAGAAGGAACGCAGAAAACAUGCGUCACCAGGGCCGCCGUCAGUGGGAAACACCUGGUCCGAUGCGCCAAGGGAGGGCCCAAAGGGUCCCUUGGCCAAAAAAGUCCUAGGCACAAAUACUACUAUUUUUUCUAUUUUUGUUAAUACCACUCUUCAUUCUAAC